CCCGAUCGUUGAGACAAGAUGCUGCCCGGGCUCCGGCGCCUGCUGCAAGGUCCUGCCUCAGCCUGCCUACUGCUGACACUCCUGGCCCUCCCUCCAGUGAGCCCCAGCUGCCCUAUGCUCUGCACCUGCUACUCCUCCCCACCCACCGUGAGCUGCCAGGCCAACAACUUCUCCUCAGUGCCGCUGUCCUUGCCACCCAGUACACAGCGACUCUUCUUGCAGAACAACCUCAUUCGCUCGCUGCGGCCAGGCACCUUUGGGCCCAACCUGCUCACCCUGUGGCUCUUCUCCAACAACCUCUCCACCAUCUACCCUGGCACCUUCCGCCAUCUGCAGGCCCUAGAGGAACUGGACCUCGGUGACAAUCGGCACCUGCGCUCCCUGGAGCCUGACACCUUCCAGGGCCUGGAGAGGUUGCAGUCACUACACCUGUACCGCUGCCAGCUCAGCAGCCUGCCUGGCAACAUUUUCCGAGGCCUGGUCAGCCUACAGUACCUCUACCUCCAGGAGAACAGCCUGCUCCACCUACAGGAUGACUUGUUCGCGGACCUGGCCAACCUGAGCCACCUCUUCCUCCACGGGAACCGCCUGCGGCUGCUCACGGAACACGUGUUCCGCGGCUUGGGCAGCCUGGACCGGCUGCUGCUGCACGGGAACCGGCUGCAGGGCGUGCACCGCGCGGCCUUUCACGGCCUCAGCCGCCUCACCAUCCUCUACCUGUUCAACAAUAGCCUGGCCUCGCUGCCUGGAGAGGCGCUGGCCGACCUGCCGGCGCUCGAGUUCCUGCGGCUCAACGCCAACCCCUGGGCGUGCGACUGCCGCGCUCGGCCGCUCUGGGCUUGGUUCCAGCGCGCGCGGGUGUCCAGCUCCGACGUGACCUGCGCCACCCCGCCAGAGCGCCAGGGCCGGGACCUGCGCACGCUGCGCGACUCCGAUUUCCAAGCGUGCCCGCCGCCCACGCCCACGCGGCCGGGCAGCCGCGCCCGCGGCAACAGCUCUUCCAACCACCUGUACGGCGUGGCCGAGGCGGGCGCUCCCCCCGCAGACCCGUCCACGCUCUACCGAGACCUGCCUGCUGAGGACUCGCGGGGGCGCCAGGGUGGGGACGCGCCCACCGAGGACGACUACUGGGGGGGCUACGGCGGCGAGGACCAGCGGGGCGAGCAGACGUGUCCCGGGGCCGCGUGCCAGGCGCCGGCAGACUCGCGUGGCCCCGCGCUCUCGGCCGGGCUGCGCACCCCUCUGCUCUGCCUCUUGCUCCUGGCGCCCCAUCACCUCUGACUGCGGUGCUCAGACGGAAGAGGCCACGGCCUUCGCCCCGCUCCCUUCUCUGCCCCACGGAGCCUCAGCUCCAUCCUCGCCCCCUGUUUGCGACCCGGCCUGGUUCCUUCCCUAGGCCUCCUCGCUCUUUUUCUCCCCACCCCCGACCCCCGACCACGCUGCCUCAUUUGCCUUCUGGGCGGUUGUGACUUAUGUAUGGCAGCCCCUAAGACGGUAUAGAAGGUGGCUCGGCCCCAUUCGCCCUGAUUCUAGCCAUUAACUCUUCUUCCCCCAUCCCAAGCCUGGGAUGUGGCACCCCAGGCAGCCGUUGCUCCUCUCUCCAGGGCCCCACGGAGGGGCUUUAGUCUGCAGAGCACCUUCCACCAGCA